AUGGCUUACAAAUGUUUUUUGUCUGUUUUGUUGAUCGCUCCGCAUGUUUUACAUUGCGCCUCGGCUGCAGUUCACAGCCACAAUAUUGAUACAGCAGAGCGUGAGUCAGACGGCAGCUACCGUGCCCGAGAUUUCGAUCACUACAGUGACGCCGGUCAUAACUCUGAAUUCGACCACGAAGCGAUCUUAGGUAGCGUGAAGGAGGCGGAGGAAUAUGACAAGCUUCGCCCGGAGGAGUCCAAACGCCGCUUGGCACUGCUCUUUCCAAAGAUGGACCCUAACGGAGAUGGAUACAUUGACCGGAAAGAGCUCAAGAAAUGGAUCCUGAACUCCUUUGUCAAACUUUCGCGCGAGGAGGCGCAGGAACGCCUCUCGGAGGCGGACGAGGACCGCGACGGCGCGGUGGCCUGGCGCGAGUACCUGCGCGACACCUUCGGCGCGGACGACGAGGCGGACGUGGCGCCGGACGACACCGGCGACACCGGCCUGCUCAUCAACGAGGAAAAGGCGAUGUGGGAGUUGGCCGACAAGAACGGAGACAACAAGCUGGACCUCGAAGAGUUUGAGGUGUUCUCGAACCCGGAGGAGCACGCGGAGAUGCAGCCGUUCCUCGUGAACCAGACGAUACGCGAACGGGACCGAGACGGGGACGGCCUCAUCGACUUCGACGAGUACGUGGCGGACAGGGGCUCUCAGGACGACAAGGAGUUCGUGCUGACGGAACAGGACAAGUUCACUUACGAGCUGGACUUGAAUCGCGACGGCGUACUGGACAUAAUGGAGGUCCAACGCUGGAUAAUACCCGACAACAACGAGAUCGCCGAGGAGGAGGUGGAGCACCUGUUCUCGUCGGCGGACGACGACGGCGACGGGCGGCUGUCGCGCGACGAGCUGCUCGCCCACCACGCCGUCUUCGUCGGCAGCGACGCGGGCGACCACCUCGACGACCACCACCACCACGACGGCCACCUCGACUACCACCACCACCACGAAGACCACCCCGACUACCACCACCACCACGACGACCACUUCGACGACGAGCUG